AUAGAGCAAGUUCAUGUCCUAGAUAUUUAAAAAUAAUGAUAGAACACUGCCUCUAAGAACAUGGAAUGCACAAGGAUUCGUAUCUAUGGCUUUCUGUGUUUGGAGUUGGGUGCAUUGCUGUUGUUUAUUUGUUGUAUAAUCCUGCAAACGUUGAAUGGCGUUAAAUUCAGUUUUGCUGAUGUGCUGUUUAUAACAUCCGUUUUAACCAUUUGUAUGAUCAUCCUGGUUGUUACUGUUUGUUUCUGUGUUACCUCUACCACAACAAAUCAUAAAAAUAUCUCAGAACGAGAACCUAUCAUCUCUGAUGACAUCAUCUCAAGAAAACUCAAAACCCUUCACGACAAGUUGGAUAACGAUUGUCCAAUUUGUUUAUCACCAAUGCAUACAUUAGCAAUACAACUUAGCUGUAAACAUGAUUUUCAUGAACAAUGCAUAAGGGAAUGGUUUAUAAGAUCCAGAGGUUUUCGAUGCCCGGGGUGUCGUCGAGUGUGUUCGGACCAACCAGAAAAAAAUAAUAUUGAAGAUUCACCAAAUCUUCAUAAGAUAGAAUUAUGCAGUAUAAUGUCAAUACCACAAAGUGAAAAUGUUUAGAUCUCUUUAAAGACGAUAUAGUUGUGAAAGGGGAUUAUUUUAUAUUUUAAUUCUAAGGUUUGGUUUAUCUAUAUUUUGUAUUCCUCUGUGAUAUUUUUUAUGUAUGUUUAUUUGGCAAUUUAAUAUAUGUUUGUGCAUAUUGCAAGAAUACAAAUGAAAAUGGUAUAUACACACAUAUGAUUUUAACAUAUUUUUAUUGUUAAUAUAUAAUAUAUUUGAUAUACAAUGGGUAUCAACACAAGUUCUAGCAAUUUACCCUAUAGAGAACAUACAAAAAUAUAUACAUAUGGUUUUAGUUUUAUGAUGCAUGUAAACUGUGUAAUAAUGAAAUAAUUUU